CUUCUAAAGUAUAUAAAGAGCAAGUCCAAGCUGGAUUUCCUGAGGGCAGUGGAGGAGCCCAGACCCACAGCAAGGACUCACAAGAAAGCUCCAAGCGAUCCCAAUUGAUUGCACAGGUCUGGGAGUGCCAGCAGGAGCCUUCACCAUGAUGUUUGCUAACAAGAAGCACUUCAUCACUGCCAUAGUUGGGGCGCUGAUCGCAUUCUCCAUCAUUGCCCUGGUUCUCUGCCUGGUGAGGAUUGAAGAUGUCACCCUGCCAGCCACGGUCAAGUAUGGGAUGGUGUUUGAUGCAGGCUCGUCCCACACCUCUCUGUUUGUCUAUGAGUGGGACUCAGACAAGGAGAACGACACUGGCAUGGUCAGCCAGACCUUGUCCUGCGAUGUCCAGGGGCAAGGCAUAUCGAGCUACACCAAUGACCCCCCGAAAGCUGGUGAUUCUCUAAGGGAGUGCCUGGAUAAAGCCCUGAAGGUUGUUCCUGCUGCAAAACAGAGGGAUGUCCCAGUUUAUCUAGGAGCAACGGCAGGCAUGAGGCUUCUGAGGGAACAGAACAGCUCAGCAGCAGACCGAGUCCUGGCCGAAGUUGCUAAAACCCUGCAAGAGUACCCCGUGGCUUUCAAAGGGGCUCGGAUCCUUACAGGAGAGGAGGAGGGGGCUUAUGGCUGGAUCACCAUCAACUACCUGCUGGAUUCCUUCACUAAGUACUCCCCCAAAUCACACACCUGGGUUCGUCCAGAGGCGGCCGACAUUUUUGGGGCACUGGAUCUUGGAGGAGCAUCCACUCAAAUCAGCUUUAUGCCUGGAAGUUCAGUGAUAAAUUGGAAGGAAGCUUUCAAGCUCACACUGUAUGGCUAUAACUACAACAUCUAUACACACAGCUACCUCUGCUACGGGCAGAACGAGAUGCUGAAGAGACUGGCCAAAGAAUUAAUUACGGAGUCGUCCUCCAGCACGCGAGUUGAUCACCCCUGCUACCCAAAAGACUACACUGAAACCGUCUCGCUGUCUUCCUUCCGCACCAGCCCCUGCACUAACCCCAGCGACAUGCGGCUGACUCUGGGUGACAGGAAUGUGACCUUGGAGGGCCGGGGCAAUGCCAGCAAGUGCCUGGAUGCCAUCAAGAAGCUAUUCAACUUCUCGGCGUGUGGCCAGCGCCAGGACUGCACCUUCGAUGGCGUCUACCAGCCCCCCAUCAGCGGGCGGUUCAUUGCCUUCUCUGCCUUUUACUAUAACUUCAAGUUUCUCAACCUCACCAAGGGGCAGUCGCUGGCCACUGUCAGGGAGACCAUUGAGCAUUUCUGCACGAGAAGCUGGGAAGACCUGUCUUCUAGCUACCCUGAAGAGAACCCUGACCGACUGCCUAAAUACUGUGCCAACGCCAACUACAUCCUCACACUCCUCCUUGAUGCCUACAAGUUCAACGAGACCAGCUGGAACAACAUCAUCUUCCAGAUGAAGGCGGGGAGCGCCAGUGUCGGCUGGACGCUGGGGUACAUGCUGAACCUCACCAACAUGAUCCCGGCGGAGGCUCCAGCGCGGGUGAAGGGGCACAUUCCUUCCUUGUGGGCUGCGGCCAUUGCCUUCAUCGUCCUCACCCUUGCCCUGGGGCUUGCUGCCCUGCUCCUGUUCUUGUGGGUGUAGGCGCCUGGCUGCGUUUGGGAGCGUGGCAGGAGCAUGUCAGGGCUGUCCGCUCUGCAGUGCCCUGCACUUCUGCCAGCGGGACUGGCAGCCCGAGACUCACUCAGUGAUGCUGAGCACCUUAAACCCCUACAGCACUGAAGAACGAAGGUCUGGCCUCCCACGGGACUGCCCCCACCAUGCGGAGAGGCACCAGAGGUUUCCAGAGGAGGUCUGCUCAUGUGGAGACCUGCUGGGAUCAGCUACGCACCACAGGAACCCCAGCCGUGCCCAUCUGCCUGCGUACACCUCUAUGGCUGUUACAGGCCUGGUCUCCAUCCCACCAGAUGGCACGUGGAGCCGUGGAGAGCCAACCUAGCCAUGGAAGAACUCCCUGAGUCCCAGACUGUUACUGCACGGCUGCAGGAACUUGGUGACACUGUGCUUCGUAGAAUGCUGGGUCUGACCAUGGUUGCCAACAGCCAGGCAGGUCCCUGCCAGGUCUGCCAGCGUGAGGGCUCUGCAGCACCCAAGCUGGCUCUCCUGAGGGUGUAUCCUUCAGGCUUAUCUGAUGGUCUUGGAGACAGAAGGCAAAUUGAGCACCCAAACUCAGAAGUGUGGUCCAUGCCUCCCCAGAGGGUCCAUCUCAUCUCAUCUCAUCUCAUCUCAUCUCAUCUCAUCUCAUCUCAUCUCAAUCUCAUCUCAUCAUCUCAUCUUCCUUUUCUUCUGGAAUAAAGGCACUGUAGUUCUGAGUGUCUUCCUGGAGACCAGACUGUCCCACCAGCAGAAGGCCUGGACGCUGUGGGUGUCAGGCUGACUCCAGCAGGCUGCACGUCACUGACCCUGCACACGUGGCUGGGCUGGGUCCUGCCCACAACUGAGCCCUUGCCUUUGCCUUUCGUUCUGCACGUUCAUUAUCUGCCCCGCAGAUGACUCAUCGUGUUAUUUGCCUCCAGCAGCAAGGAGCUGACAUUUGGUG